AUGAGUAAAGUGAUGAUGGAAAAGAAUGUUGAGGAAGAUGAUCGGGAUGAAGAAUUAAAUUCGGAUGAUGAUCAACACGAAGAACAACAACAACAAACUAAUUUGGAGGAUGCGUUUAGUUCUCUUGAUAAACGAUUAAUUAAUACAUUAAAAAGUCAAUACGGAGAUGAAAUUGUAGGAGAUUUAGAAUAUAAACUAGGAAGUAAAAUGAUGAUUGAAGAUGAUGAUGAUGAAAUUGUUGAAAUUAUAGAUGAUGACGACGAUCAAAUGGAGGAUGAGCAAGAAGUAAAUGGUGAUUCUGCAAUUCCUUCACGAUAUGUAUUUAGAAAUUACGAACCAACAGAUUAUAAAUUAAAAAGAUACAAAAAGAGAAAUUAUGCCACUCUCAAUACUAGUGAGAAAACAUCCAAGUAUUUCGCUACUCCAAUAGAAUCGACUGAAGUCAUUUUACGUGAUACACUUGCUCCACUGUUGGAAAUUGCUGCAAAACAACAAAGCUUGGCAGGAUUGGAUAAACUUUUGGUUGGUGAAGAUGAUAGUGCAGAAAUAGCUCUGCUGAAACCUAAAAAGCUCAAUGAGGAUUUAAAGAGACAGAUAAAAACCGAAUUGGAAUAUUUAGAGAAGCAAACUAAUGUUGCUCUCAAGGAUAUGCUCCAAGAAAGAAUUGAAGAGGAGGAAGAGGACUCUGAAGAAGAAGAUUAA